CCCCAAACGCAGCGUAAGGUUUGGGUUUUCGAUUGAAGGGCAAGUAACCGGUCAUCGUGUCAAUGUCUUCGGUGGUGACCUCACACCGUUAAUCGGCCCUUUCACACAGACACUACCACUGCAACUCUCUCUCUGUCCAUUUGUAGCUGCAUUUUCAUCGGGGAUGUCUGUAACUUUCAGGGGAGUGGUCGAGGUGGAAUCGCCUAGUCCUCUUAGAUACAUGAUCGGAGCAGCGAUCAUGAUGAUCGGCGUCGUUUUGCCAGUCGGAUACAUGAUGUUCCGCAACAAGCGCGUCCCCUCUUCUUCCUCUUACUCCAAACACACGUAGGGACAAAGUUUUGAUAUAGAGGUAUUAGCUCAUAGAUCUCGUUCUGGGUUCAUUCAAGUGAAGGACGCGUCAAAGGAAACCUUUUUGCAGAUAUGCCAUCUUAAGUGUGACUGUGUUGUUGUUGAAUUCCUGUCAUCUGGCCUGUAGUUCGAAUCCAUGAAUGAUAUGCUGGUGAUUAGGUUCAUUGUUCAGUCUUUCUCUCAUUUUGGGAGAUCUUACUAUCCAGUCCAACUCUCGUCCAUUCAUUUUUUUCUUUUGAAAUGAAUAAUAUCUUCUCCCCUUAUUUUUGUCGACAGAAAUAUAGUUUGGGAUUGCAUUGAA